UCGAAUGAAUAUCGUUGAAUAUGACGCGCAAAGUUGCUGCGAAAGGCAAAACAAUAAAAAAUAUUGGACAUGGUCAAAAUGUCAAAUACUCUCGCAACUUACGUUAACGUAUCUUGAAUUAUCGUAUCUUUGCUUCGGCAUUUGUCACUGUCACGACCACGUUAAUGUCAAUAAAUUAAUAAUUAUUAUUAUCAUACCAAAUUAAAUGCAAAACAAGCAGCAAACAAAUAUUUAGUCUCGCUACAGUAGUCUUACUAAACUGUAAGACGUCAAUUAUAAUAUUAUAACCAUGGCCGACGAUCAGUUUGCUGACUAUCUUAAUGUCUACUACAAGAAAUUGUUUCCAUACUCGCAGUUUCAUAAAUGGCUUUCCUACGGAAACGUAAAACCAGAAAACUUUAUAAAUAGAGAAUUUUCGUUCACCUUACAUGAAGAUAUUUACAUUAGAUAUCAAUCGUUCAAUACACUUCAAGAAAUGGAAACAGAAAUUCAAAAUAAAUGUCCUUUUAAAAUAGAUAUUGGAGCUGUAUUCAAUAUGAGUCCCAAAGUCUGCCGAAAUUAUCCUCAGUUUCAUGCUCUUGAAAAAGAAUUAGUGAUUGAUAUUGAUAUGACUGAUUAUGAUCAAAUCCGUACUUGUUGUUCAGGUGCUGAAGUGUGUCAAAAAUGUUGGAGAUUUAUGGUUAUUGCUGUAAAAAUAUUGGAACGAGCACUUCGGGAUGAUUUUGGAUGGAAGCACUUACUAUGGGUAUUCUCAGGUCGCCGAGGUAUCCAUUGUUGGGUAUGUGAUGAAUCUGCAAGAAAACUCUUACCUUCUGAACGUGGUUCAUUCAUUGAUUAUUUAGCUUUAUUAUCUGCCGGUGAUUCAAAACGAUGUAAUGUAAAUCAUCCAUCAGUAAAACGCAGUAUUUCCAUUAUAAAAGAAGAGUUCAAUUCACUACUUUCUGAACAAGAUUUCUUGGGAACUACAGAACAGUGUAAUAAAAUCUUGUCAUUUAUAGCAGAUGAAAAAAUUAAGGAACAAAUUAAUUUACAAUUUUCAAAGUAUCAAAGUAGUGUACAACGAUGGGAAGCACUUACUGUUAUAAUUGAUAACAACCAUAAAAGGGGGUUAUUAAAUUUCAAAACUAAACAUUGUGUGGAGGAUAUUUUGUUGUACUUGGCAUACCCAAGACUUGAUGUAAAUGUAACAAAGGGGUUAAAUCACUUGUUGAAGUCUCCCUUCUGUGUUCAUCCAAAAACUGGAAAAAUUUGUAUACCAAUUAAUCCAAAAGUUAUAGAAAAAUUCAAUCCCAACACUGUACCCACAAUUAAUGUUUUAAUUGAUGAAAUUAAUGAGUAUGACAAAAAACAAAAAGAAAUUAUCAAUGAUGCAAACUUGAGUAGUAAUCGUUUAAAAGAUUAUAAAAAAACUUCAUUAUUAAAAAGUGUCAAUAUCUUUGAAGAAUUUUUAAGAAAUUUAGAAAAUACUUGGAAAGGAAGUAGAAUAAAACAAAGUGAUAUUAAAAUGGAAUUUUAAAAUGUACAACAUCCUUACUGUUAAAAUAUUCUGAACUCGCUGAAUUGAGUCAUUUGCUACUGUAUUAUUAUUAAAACUUUUAAUAUAACUUUUUUUUUUUUAAAUUAUAUGUAUUUUAUUCCAUA